GCUCUCUGCCACUGCUCUUCACUAACCCAGCUGAACUGUGAUCUCACCAUGUCUAUUCACUGUAAACUGGCCAUACUGAUAACUGUACUGACUCUUGAGCAUCAAGUUCACUCAGGGAAAAUCGUUGGAGGUCAUGAGGCUGUGCCACAUAGCAGGCCAUACAUGGUGCUUUUGAAGCAGCACAUGUCAAAUGGUCAGAUAAAGUACUGUGGUGGCUUCCUUCUGAAUGAGGAUUUUGUGAUGACUGCUGCCCACUGUCAAGCCAAGAAUUAUACAGCCAUAUUAGGAGCUCACAAUGUGCUCUCAAGCAAUAACACUCAAAGCAUAUCUGUGGAACAAGCAUUUCCACAUCAGCACUUCAAUGGAACUUCCUAUGUGCAUGAUGUAAUGCUUCUGAAGUUGACCUCUAAGGCAAAGUUCAGUGGGAAUGUGAAAGCUAUUCCUCUGGCAGGCCGUAUUGGUGGUGCUUUGCCAAAAUCAUGUCUAAUCUCUGGCUGGGGACGAACAGACAGGAACAGUAAAUAUAUCUCUUCCAAACUCAGGGAAGUCAAUGUAACACUGAUUGACAAUGAGGCGUGUUUUCUGGAAAACUUCUACUGUUCUCAGGGAGAGACUGGACCAGCUGAGGGAGACUCUGGUGGUCCAUUGGUCUGUGAAGAUGGAAAGGCUUUUGGGGUGGUGUCCAGUGCAGUCACACCACACUCAGGUGGCCCUGAUAUCUAUAGGUACUCUAAGAUUCCUGACUCCAGAGACUGGAUCUUAUGGACCAUGAGAAAUGCCAUGAUAAAGAUGUAA